AUGUCCGACAAAGUCGAAGAAGUCACAAAAGAUACUCAGUCCCUCAAUAUCAACUCCAAUCCCCCCAAACCCCACAACGACGAUGACGACCUCCCAACCUACGGCCCCCAGCGCCCCGCCCCAAUUCCCGGCCUCUCUCCCCCGAAAUCAGUCGAGGAAACGGCCGAGGAGCUCUCCAAGCAUCCUCUUUUCAUGACCUCCUUGGACGAGGGCGCUACCGAAGAAAAUGAGCAGCUCGCUGCGCUGCAGGCGCUAGCGUAUGAGGGUACGCCCCUCGAGAACGCAGCCAACUUCAAGGAGCAGGGGAAUGAAUGUUUUAGGGAGAAGAAGUGGGGGGAUGCGAGGGAGUAUUAUGGGAAGGGGGUUGCCAUUUUGGCGCAGGAGGAGAGGAGGCGGCAGAGGGGGGAGAAGAGGAAGGUGAAGAAGGAGGGGACUGCAAAGAAAGGAGAAGAAGAAGAAUGGGAAGAGGUGGAGGAGGAUGAAGAGACGAUUAAACAGGAACGGCAGUUACUCGAGACUCUGUAUGUUAAUCGGGCCGCGUGCCACUUGGUACUGAAGAAUUAUCGGAGUUGUUGGACGGAUUGUGCUGCGGCGUUGAGGUUGAACCCGAAGAAUAUCAAGGCUUUUUAUCGGAGUGCGAAGGCGUUGCUCGCUGUGGAGAGGGUCGACGAGGCGGAGGACAGUUGUCGACGCGGGCUGGAGCUGGAGCCCAACAAUAAGGCCUUGUUGGAGGUUAGUAAGGAGAUUGGGAUUGUGAAAGAGAAGAUUGAGAAGAAGCGUCGCGCCGAGGAGGAGAGGCUUUCUAAGGAAAGGAAGAAGAAGAUGCUUUUGAAGACGGCGUUGCAGGCGAGGGGGAUCAAGACCCGCAGCACCGGCAAGCCGCCGGACAUGGAGGAUGCUCGGAUCCGUCUGACGCCGGAUGAGCUCGAUCCGGAGAGCUCGCUGGAGUUUCCAACGCUCUUGCUCUAUCCGUGCCAUGCGGAGAGCGAUUUUAUUAAGGGAUUUAAUGAGCGGGAGAGCUUGGAGCAGCACUUUGGGUAUGUAUUUCCGCUGCCGUGGGAUAAGAGUGGCGAGUAUGCGAGUAAUACGGUCGAGUGUUAUAUGGAGAGUGUCAAGGGGGGGUUGGUGAAGGUGGGACGGAAGAUGUCGUUGUUAGAGGUGCUGAGUUCGGGGAGCGUGGAGGUUGUGGAUGAGUUGGUCAGGGUGUUUGUCGUGCCGAGGGGGAGGGCAGAGCAGUGGGUGAAGGAGUGGAAAGAGGCGAAGGCUAAGAGGGAGAGCAAGUAG